UUUCUUGUGGUCACGUGAACACGAGAGUGAUUGCGAUUGAUGCGUUGUGGCGUUGCUACGCAACACAAUACACAAACAACUGUCACACUGACAGUUUUUGAAAGUUGUUUAUUUAUUUUUUGAGAUGGCAGAGCCAACACAAACCGACUUAUUGGAAGCCGUGAAAGAGUCGUUGCACAAGGACGGCCGUUUGGAGAAAUUUAAAGCCGAGUUGAGGGCUGCCGUAAUGUCAGUAUUGAACAAGAAUUCAACGGAAGAGGAGCCCCCAAAGGUGCCGGACGAAACGCGAUUUAUCAAUGAAUUGAUUAGGGAAUACUUAUCUUGGAACGGUUACCUGUACACUGAGCAAAUUCUUGCCGCAGAAUGUGGACAAAACAUGGAACGUUUGAGUCGUGAUGUCUUGACGACCAAACUGGGGGUCAUGGAUGAUUCAAGGACUGCGAAAAUUCCGUUAUUGUAUUAUAUCGUGUCCGCGUUCCAAAAUCAUGAAAUCAAUGAGGAAACUUAACACAUGUAUUAGAAAAAUCAAUACAAAAUCAAUCGCUUUCA